AUGACUGCCACUGAUCGUCUCGAAUGUCCAAUGCUACGCUGUCGCAAAAGAUUUCCAGACCACGCUGCUAUGUUGGAGCACCUCUACGACUGUACUGAGCUCGAAACUGGCGAGUACUGGUGUUAUGAAUGUAGCAAGGCUGAAAAGUUUACCGAUGGAAACUGCAAACGAUGCCUCGGCCAUCCUGGAAAAAGACGCAAGAUCAUCAACGUCGCGAAAAACUUUUUCUCUUCCCUGGGACAAAAGUCAAGAAACCACCAGAGUAUCCCCGAUGUCCGCCUGGACAACGUAUCCGAAGUCGCCAUAGCACCGCCUCCGAGCUACGACGACUUCUUGCAUAUUCAACCACAGCAAGUUGAGCUUUCCUCGUCGUCGGAGAUCUUGGAGAUCGAUUCGACCGAGGUCCCCUGGCCUACACCCACGAAUGCCCAUUUCAAUACUGUGAUGGCGCAACCUCACGUUUCUACGGGCAUGAUUCAGGCAAACCUCCAGCACCCAAACUCCAUUCUGCCCGAUCCUUGGUUUGCACAGAACAACCUGGACAUGAGCGAGAGUGCCAUGGGCAAAGCCGACCGACCAUUACUGGCCCUUAAUACUGACGGUUUUGGCCACCCCCGGAAACAACUUCAGCCUACGACAAGGACCAAGAAUCUUUCCCCGAGCAAUUCACUUAGAUCAAACGCGAGCACCGAUACAACAGCCAGUUACCUCAUUUCGCCUGCUUCUGCCUAUAGUGGCGCAUGGACAACUGCCGAGACAAACAUCACAUCACCAACCUCUGACGGCGGUUCAGGUGGAUAUCUUUCCAGGGGAUGUUCUAACGCGAGUCGAUACUCAAACAAUAGCGUGGAGCCCUACAACUUCAUUUCAGAGCUUCCGGCUGAUGACAUUUUACUACAACAUUUUCCCUUGACACUUCCGGCCGUUGAUCUCGACCAGCCGGCAUCCUCAUUAGAAAUAUCAGCCGCCGUCAGCCCCUUAUCUGAAGCCGCCGAUGUUCCUGCUCAGCCAUCAGUCGACACUCUUGCGCUAAACGAACUUUCGGAAGAUACCUUGUCUGAUCAUGUUGUCGACGCCAACUCGCUCGUUGGGUCGGCUUGGGAUACGCUCAAGACUCACAUCAGCUCCUCACUCGAAAAGCUGCAGCAUGUCUCUCACAGUGCUCUCGCAGCACAGUUGCGAGAUCUUUCGCCGCAGCAGGUAGCGGACAGGGCCCUCGUUGCGCUGAAGGGCAUGCCUGAGGGUAGGCAUCCCGCGACUAGCAUCGAUACCCUUUGCUUCGUUCAUCUGAUUUACUCGCUCUCGCUUGUUGUCCACGAAGAUGGUGCUCGGGAUCGCUCCGGGGAUCUAUUCGCUCAAACCUCUCUUUACAGCAUUGCGCUCCCUGAGUGGGAGCAAUCAGACUAUCUUCGCGUCGCAUCAGCGAUCUGGCAGCCCAUAAAUCUAUCUGUCGGGGCACUGAACGGUUUAUCAUCAAGGAAGCGCGGGGGUGAGGUCUCUCGGUCGUCGAGCAGAAAGGGCAAAGAACGGGAUCCUGCUAUAUCGACAAAUCGACCUGAACAGGAUGAAUUGUUGGAGGUGGCAAUGUUCUUCCUAGACGAAUUGGACUAUUCUGUCCUGUCCAGCGGGCAACCCGAGUCGGCCGAAGUCUUAACGUCGAUGCUGUGGGCACAGCAUUGGCAGUACAAUGCCAAUCGGGCUCCAUCGAACAGUGCACUGUCUGCAAGCUUCAAAGGAGUUCGUAGCAAACUCAAACAAGACUUCGUUCGCGCCGAUGGUCUAAGUGCAAAGUGGAGGCGUAUCCAGAAGCGCAUCGAUGAUGGCAGUAUCUGGAGCGCCAGGCAAGCGGAGAUAGAGCUCAUGCAAGCCGGCAAAGGGUGCAUGUCGUUGCAAGACUAUUUCAAUCAUUAUGUUCCGAAGGUUAGGGCACAGUUCGAAGUCCUCUACACCAAUCCUAUGAUAGGGGCUACCACACGAAGAAGCUAUCAUGCGUACGCUAUCGAUCUGAUGGAGUCUAUCAUUCGCGGUAUUUGCACAAAGGAGAGUCUGAAGGAUGCUGCCCGAGUCCCUUCUGAGAUGACAAGCGAGGCAACCCUCGAUGAUUUCAUGAAUCUGACAACAACCCUGGGCGACACAACUUGGAGCGAUGCCCGGGCCACGACAUCCGACACGCCACUUAUCCCAACGUCCAGGCCUGAUAUUUACAUGGACGUAGACAGCAAUGGAUUGCCGGACCCCUUGACGGUGUUCUUCAACGAUGGUGGGGUUCCAACAGCACCGGCAUUCCAGAUACCGCCAUACAUGACACGGCCUGACAACGUACCUGACGAGUCUGCGGCCGAAGUCCGGGAAGAUCCGUCCUGCAGCUCAGCAGCGAAGACAGAGGCUGAGGCCAACGAGAAAUGCGACAUCUGUGGCUACCGACCAAGAGGCGCCCCUCAGUGGUUCAAGGGCAGCAUGGCAAAGCACAAAAAGUUGCAACACUCAACGGCGCCGCCAAAGAUUUACAAGUGCCCGUUUCCGGGCUGCACGAGCCAAUACAAGAACCGACCAGACAAUCUAAAGCAGCACCAGCAAGACAAGAACCACUUUGUGGAUGGGGAGACUGAGAGGAGACCGAGUAAAAGGAAGAAGAGAGACUAA